GAGAGCUGAAGAGCCUCCUCACUAUUUCCCUCAGACGGCCAAGCACACAAUGACAGAGAGCGUCCGGUAGAGCAACAUGCCAGAUUCUGGAUUUUUUAUAUGGAUUUUCAUCUCCUCAUGGGGAAUAUUAUUUGCCGGCAGUGUGAGGAUUCUUCCUCAUGUGAUAAAGUACCAAUCAGUGAUACCUCAGAGGCUAAAGGAUUCAUCUCACAUUAAUGAUGCUGCUUCACACCAGACAUACCCUGAUGUACUCCAGUACUCUUUGACAAUAGCAGGGCAGAACUACACGCUGCACCUGGAGAAGAACAAAAACCUUGUUGGGAAAAACUUCUCUGUGACACAUUAUUCUGAUGAGGGCACAGAAGUCACAACAACUCCAGAUCUUGGGGUUCACUGCUACUAUCAUGGACACAUCGUGGGCAUGGAGGACUCGUCCGCCAGCGUGGGAAUUUGCUCAGGAAUAAAGGGCUUUGUACGUCUGCAGGAUCAAAUGUACCUCAUCGAACCUCUCUCUGGUGCUGAGGCGGGACAACAGGAUGAGGGGCAGGGCUCUGAGGAUCACAGCGACGAGGGUCUUCACGCCGUUUACAACUACAGACACCUGAGGAGGAAGAGGAGCUCCUGUUCCCAUGGAAACACGACCACUUUCUAUGAUCACGGAGCUCGUCCGUCUGGACUGUUCAAGCUCGGCAGUCUGAAAAGCAGAGCUCAGACCAAAGACCAUUCAAAGAAGCCCAGGACCGUCGAGCUGGUUGUUGUGGUCGAUCACACCGAGUACAGGAAGUUUGGCACUAAGAAGAAAAUAGAGGCCAGGGUUCUUGAAAUAACAAACCAUGUGGACAAGCUGUAUCGACCCUUGAAUAUCCGCGUGAUGUUGGUCGGUCUGGACAUCUGGUCGUACAGAGAUCAGCUGGACGUCAGCACAAACCCGGAGAUCACCCUCAGACGCUUCCUCGAGUGGCGCCAGCAGAACCUCCUCCCUAGGACUCAACACGACAACGCACAGUUCAUCACAGGUGUGGACUUUGAUGGUUCUACUGUCGGCUUAGCAAACACAAACGCCAUGUGCACGUCUAACUCUGGAGCUGUCAAUGAGGACCAUAACUCUAACGCAAUAGGAGUGGCCUCUACUAUUGCACACGAGAUGGGUCACAACCUGGGCUUGUCCCAUGACACUGAAAACUGCGUCUGCGGCUCCUUAACAUCCAAAAGAGGCUGCAUCAUGUCCGAAAGUGUCGGCGUUGUGUAUCCAGAACAGUUCAGCAGCUGCAGUCAGCAGCAGCUCAGCAGGUUCUUGGACGAGGUCGACCCCUUCUGUCUGCUGGAUUCUCCCUCUACUGAUCGCAUCUACGGAGGGCCGGUGUGCGGGAACGCCUUCCUGGAGCCCGGAGAGGAGUGCGACUGUGGCACUGCAGAGGAAUGUAAGAAUCCCUGCUGUAACGCCACCACCUGCAAACUGAAAGCAGGAGCCGCGUGUGCAGAGGGAGAGUGCUGCCACAAGUGCCAACUGAAACAAACUGGCAGCGUCUGCAGACCAAAGGCAGGAGACUGUGACCUCACAGAAUACUGCACUGGCUUCUCCGCCUCCUGCCCAGCUGACUCCUACACCCAGAAUGGAGGGCCAUGCAAUCGGGGGAAAGGAUACUGCUACAAUGGACAGUGUCCAUCCAGACAGGAACACUGCAAGAGACUUUGGGGCCCAGAUGCUGAAGUGGCGGCAGAUGCUUGUUUUUACAAGAAUGCAAACUGCAGGAAGACGCUGUUCAGCCAGAGAUGUUCAAGCCAGGAUCAAUCCUGUGGGACGCUUUUUUGUACCGGAGGUUAUGAGUUUCCUGUGACAUCCAGGAAGUCCUUUUCACAUUUAGCAAAUGGAGCCAUCUGCAAUGAGGUCACUAUGAAACCUGAAGAUAACUACCCGCCAGAUCUGCCCAAGGUGCCCACUGGCACCAAGUGUGGCAACAACAUGGUGUGCUACGACCAACGGUGUCAAGACAUCAGAAACAUCAAAGUGUACGGCACAGAUGACUGUUCAGCCAAAUGCAACAACAACGGGGUUUGUAACCAUGAGAGGAAGUGUCACUGCAAUCCCGGCUGGGCCCCGCCUUACUGUGACGUGCCGCAGUCAGAGCUGCUUGAAGAUGCAGGUCCGGUGGCGUUAGCUGUGUCUCUUGCGAUUGGCUGUCUCCUGCUCUUGGUUGGGGUUAUCGGGGGUCUGAUGUGCUGCAUGAAAAAAAGGCGACCUUCAAAGAGACGCCGCCAAUCUACCUCAGGACAAUUCAACCCCGUGUUUCGGUCCAGCAGCACUCGCAGCAGCCCUCGGGUCGGGUCCACGCAGAUCAGCAAGCCCAUAUUUGUGGAGUCUUCAGCAUCUCAGGUCUGCAAACCUCUGAGCUCCGCUUCUGCUAAACCCCAAACCGGAGCGCUGAAGCCCAGCAGAGCAGCUCCAGAGCCACCAAAGAAAUCUGGAGCAGUACCUCAGCCGUCCAAGAUGCAGCAGGUUAUAAGGCCCUUUAUGCAGCAAACAAACAUUUCAAGCAAGCCAGUCUACACUGAGAGUAAGCCACUUCCUCCCUCAAGACCCCUGCCACCACUUGCAACUAAACCGAUCUCGAAGCCUAAGCCGCCCAUGCCCCCAGUGAAGCCGAAGCCCUCUGCAGCGCCGUCUCCUCUGCCUCAUACUAUCCUGCUUGCAGGCAGAGCUGCCCUGAUGCCCCCCGGCAGGCCAAGAUGACAGAGGGAGUAAUUCAGCCUGAUGUAAACGCCAAGAUCCUCUGACGGCAAACACUGCUGUCGUCCCACUGAGAAGAACCUAAAGAUCCUCUCAGGAGACACUUGUCUGUUUCUAAAGUGGAGAUGGGAUCCACUGAAGGGUCGGCAAUAAUAAGUGAUGGAGCUUUUCUGUCAGUUAUCAUCUCCCUGAAGAUUACCGCCGUCUGUGUCUUGCUUAUGUAAGCCUUCAGUAUGCUGAUGAAAACCUGAAGCCAUGAUU